AUGUGCAAUAAGCAGCAAAAUAGGAGAUGUGCUGCUGUACAAGCAUUAACACAUCCAUGGUUCUAUAAGAUUAAGAGGCCACUUCCUCCUCCUGCUUCUGCUCCUGCUUCUGCUGCUGCUGCUGCUACGGAUGCUGCGGAGGAUGAUCUUGCUGCUUAUCCUUCUCCUGCUGCUGAUGGGGCUACUGGUGAUGGUCCUAGUCCUGGUGAUGGGGGGAAUGCUAAUGAUAGGGCUAAGGAGCAGCAGGGCGGUGGUUUAGAGGUAGCUGCAGCAGGUACUGCAGCAGCAGCAGCAGCAGCAGCAGCAGCAGCAGCAGCAGAAGGUACACAACUAGCAACACGGCGUGUGUUGAGGUUCGAGGAUGGCGAAUAUGUUAAGCAGAAAUCAGCAGAGGCACAAUUGCAACAAGCAGCAGCAACAGCAGCAACAGCAGCAACAGCAGCAGCAACACAGCCACAAAGAAUAGCAGCAAAAACUACACAAAGGGAAAUGCAGGCACAAGCCUUCCAACAGACACAGCAGCAGGAGCAGCAGCAAUGGAUACACCAACAGCAGCAACAACUGCAGCAACAGCAGCAACAACAACUGCAGCAACGUCAACAGCAGCAACAGCAGCAACAGCAGCCGCUUGACCGUCUGUGUAUGCUAGCUGGCGACGGGCCUCAUGACAACUCCUUAGGGUAUCUAGACUCCCCUCGACAGCCUUCGCAUCUGCAGCAGCAGCUGCAGCAGCUGCAUCAUUUGCAGCAGCUGCAACAACUGCAGCAACUGGAACAGCAGCAGCAGCAGCAGCAGCAGCAGCAACUGCAGCAAGAUACAGGUGUCCCCUUCUUUAAUAGUGCUCCCCCUGCCUCCACCUCUCGGCCUGCAGAGACAAACAAAGACAACAGCAGCAGUCUUGCAGGAAAUUGUCUCCUUCAAUACACUGCGCCCACCUCCAACACACCAUCCUCUAGAGCAGCAACUGGAGCAGCAGCAGCAACAGCAGCAGCAGGGGAGGGCCAUCCUGUCAAUCCCUCAGCUCCUGGAGGGGUUGAUGCUCCCUCGUUAGAAGCGUUAGCAGCAGCAGCAGCAGUAGCAACAGCAGCAACAGCAGCAGCAGCAACAGCUGGCGUUUUAGCUGCAGCAGCUGCAGCAGUGUCUCGAGCGCAGCAGCAGCAGCAACUGCAGCAACUGCAGCAAAGGGUUGGAGGACCCUGCAGCAGCUCUGUGGUGUCUCCUCUCUCCUCCUUUCAGGUGUCUGUUGCUGAAUCCAUUAGGGCCUCGGAGAGUCCCCGCCCUGCUGAAGUUUGCUGCUCUGUACCCUCUGAUGGCGCUGGGGGGCCCCAGGGGGGCCCUAAAGAUAUGGGGGCCCCCCAAGCUGGUGUUGAAGGAAGUGAAGUUUCUAUAGAGGUAGAACAAGAUCGGGGUGCUGCUGCAGCGGCUGCAGCCGCAGUAGCAGCAGCACGUGCUGCAGCUGCUGCUGCUCCUCCUGGCUUGCAAGCAACAACAACAGCAGCAGCAGCAGCGGCAGGGAGUACACAUCCGCAGGAGCAACAUAAUUCCCCCUCGUCAAUAGAUGGGGGCCAACAGAGUUCUGCAUGCAGCACAUCUUUGUUUGUUUCUUCUGUUUCUUUGGAUGUACAAAACCCUAAUGCUGACCCACAGGAACUGCAGCAGCAGCAGCAGCAGCGGCUGCAGCAGCAGCAACAGGUGGGGCCGACACAGCAGCAGCAAUACAGCAGAAAAUACAGCGAAAAGAGAGAAGCUGCAAAUAUAGCAGAAGAUAACGAGCUGUCUGCUGCUGCAGAUGCAGCGAGGGUCGGCUGCAGCCAGCAGCAGCAACGCUCGGGGGGUAGGCCCUCGCACAGAGGUCAACCCUUUGCUGCUGCCCAUCUAGCCAACGAGCAGCAGCAGCAGCAGCAGCAGUUGCUAAUGGAGCAGCGUGGUGUGGGUGUCCCCCAGGCUGACGAGGGUCUUGCAUUUAGCAGCAGUUGGGAGGAGCAGUACAGCAUGCAGUCUAGCAGCAGCAGGGGCCCCCCUAGGCAGUGCCCUAUGGGGCCCCCUGCAAGCAUCCCUGGGGGUCCCGCUCCCUCAAAGACACAAGACAGCAGCAGGCAGCAUCAGGGGCCCCCUGCUACUUUGCGUCGUCCACGUUCUUCUUCAGACUCAUCAGAGCAGCAGCAAGACAUAAUACCCAUGGGGGGCCCCCAGGGGGGCCCCAAUGGGUCCCCCUUCUUUGGAGGCCAACCGCAGCCUAACUCUACCGCUCUACCGACGGAAAGGGAGCAGUCAGAAAAUGGACCUCAGGAGGCUGCGGUGGGGGGCCCCUCUUGGAGGCCCCAAACUUCUAUUGAGGGGGCCCCCCGUACCAGCCGCAUGCAGUCCUUAAGGACCCCCCAUCUGCAUCGAUACUUUGUGUCAGGGGUACAGGGGAGGAGACGUGGGGGAGCGCAGUCCUCAAAGGGGGCCCAAGGGGGCCCUGGGGGCCCUUCAGGCUCUGGGUCUGCAGCUCCUGCUGCUGACCCUGCCGUUGCUGCUUCUGCUUCCCAGCAGAACAGAAGAAUAUCAGAGCAGCAAAGUUUCGGCAUGACUUACGAAGGAGACCCGCGGGGGGCCCCCGGGGCCUCCCCCUUACGGUACCCCGUAGGCGAUUCGGACGAGGGCCCUUGCAGCAGCAGGGGUCACCACAGGGGGCACCGUAGGAGCUACGUAGGCGAAAGGGGCCCACGAGAGCUGAGGAGCCCCCUGCGAUCGUACAGGGCUUCAAGGCUUCCUGAAGGGUGGGGCCCCCGUAACUCCAAUGAAAGACGGUUCAGAGGGUCCCAAGGGGCCCCUUCUGGUGGUACUGUAGCAGCAGGGGCCCCUGGUGAUGGGGCCCUGCAGCAGCAGUACAGUGGCGAGGCCCCACUUGAACACCCUCUCGAGCAUAGCAGUAGCACCAGCAGCAGCAGCAGCUGCAGCAGCAGCAGCAGCUGCAGCAGCAGCAGCACCACUUCCACCACAAACAGCAGCAGCAGCAGCAGCAGCAACAGCGUGAAGGGUGGAGGUCCGCAGCAGGCUUCCCAAUCUAUCCAACCCCGCCUAGGGGGCUUUAUGGGCCUCCCCGUCCUUAACAGAAUUGUUGAGGCCUUGGGGGCAAGGGAUUGGCUAAAAGGAAGACAAAACAGCAGCGGCAGCAGCAACAACAACAAUAGGGGCACCCAGGGGGGCCCCUGA